AUGCAAUGUCUGUGCAGUCACCCGACGCAGGAGUUACUGAUGCCUCUUGUCUCCUGCCCCUGUAGGCAGUGUGAUGUGAACUUGCUCGUUCUCAAAGCAGCACUGAUGUGUCUUGUUCUCCUCCUUUCUUCCCUUUGCCAUGCAGUGCAAGUGUCAGCAGUGGAGGUGAACACCCCGGAGGAGAUGUUUGUGGAGAACGGGACGGACGCCAAGCUGCCGUGCACGUUCACAUCCGUAGAGGUGAUCAGCAGUGCAGCAUCUGUGUCCUGGAGCUUCCAGCCAGAGGGAGCAGCCACUCGUAUCUCAUUUUUCUAUUACUCUAAUGGGAAGUCAUACCCUGGAAAAGACAUACCAUUUAAAGACAGGAUCACUUGGGCUGGAGAUCUUAACAAGAAAGAUGCUUCUAUCACAAUAUCAAACAUGCAGUUCCGGGACAACGGCACGUACAUUUGUGAUGUCAAGAACCCACCUGACAUUGUUGUCAAACCAGGAGAAAUCCGAGUUAGAGUUGUGGAGAAAGACAGCCUGCCUGCGUUCCCCAUUGCCACCGUGGCGGGGAUCGCCAUCGGUACGGUCACGGGGCUCUCGUCGCUCAUCUCUAUUGUCGUGUGUCUUGUCAUCAGAAAGAACAACUCUAAAAAACGAUACUCUGGCUGCAGUACCUCUGAGAGCUUGAUGUCUCCGGUUAAGCAAGCUCCGCAGAAGGCGCCCUCCGACACAGAGGGCCUGGUAAACAGCGUGCCCGCCCGAUCACACCAGGGCCCAGUCAUUUACGCGCAGUUAGAUCACUCCGGGGGACAGCACAGCGACAAGAUCAACAAGUCAGAGUCUGUGGUCUACGCCGACAUUCGGAAGAACUGAGAUCCUCAGCCAUCCAAAGGACAACACACAUUCAGACUGGAAUUGCUUGAGCAAGAUUUGACCCAGAGAACUCUCACAUGUGGCCUUUGAUGCCUAGGCUAGGACCAAUGCAUGUGCAUACAGAGGGAGAGAUAUAUAUGUAUUGUGUGUAAAUAGUCUAUUUAAUCGUACAGAAGUGAGACCAAUGUUGCAUGUUGAAAUGCGGUAAGAAUUUUGCUUAUAAAUUGCCAAUAUUCUUUUUUUUUUUUUUUGUAUCUUGUGUGACGAGAGAGAAAGUGAAAACUCAGAUCACAAUUUUAAAAUAUUUUUAUCUUGAUUAUUAAUGGAGAAACUGGAAGAUGCCUAGGUUGACCUGGAGAUUCUUUUUUUCUUUGCUUAUAGGGCUUAAUUUCUUUUGUUGAGGUGACUAUAAAGAAGACAUUUUCUUUAUAUUCAGAAUUCUUUAUGUAUACAGGGUAUUUAUCUUUCCUUGGUCAGAUUCUCAGUACAGGCUGCCUUCUCGUGUAAACUGGACCCUCUCACUUGGUCAUGUAAGCCAAAUUGUGACUCCUAGCUAUCAGAAAUGUAUGUCUUAGCAGUGUGAGUGAAGGAAACCUUUAGGCCUACCUGACCUGUGUAACGUGGGUCACAAAACUGUUUACUUCUCCAUGAGCCCAGCUAUUCAAGCUUAGUCCUUUAAGGGACAGGGGUAGUGUUGAUCUAAUUCUGUGAAAUGGUAGUUUACCUGUGAAAACAAAGGAGAGUGAGUUAAAGGCAUAGGAGGAUGUAGCUGUAGGUGGUUACCUCAGACUCUGUUGAACCUUUCAGUGAAAUAUUUCUUCCUCAAAGCUCUGUCAUUUCAUGUGUUAAAAAGGGCUCCAAGGGAUCUGGAAGCUGUAGUACUCCCAUACGUCUCUCCCAUGGCUCCAUUAUGCCACUGUCACCUCCUUGGAAGUGCUUUAUCUGUUCUUAAAAGCCUGUAGUGCAGGCUGAACAACUUCUGGAGGAAAUCUAGGGCUCUAUGGGUUUUUUGAUGUGUGGUUUUUUUGUGUGACCAAUAUUUGCACAGAAGAUGCGGAUGGGCAGUUUAUUUCCUUAAUCUCUGCAAGUCUAGUGGUUGAAUACAAUUCUCCAGCCUCUUUUUUCUGGGUUAAACUCCUCCUAGAUUAUUAAAGAUCUCUGCUGAUGAGGAUUUCUUUUGCUGACCCAUUGUAUCCUGAAAUCUGGUGCUCAAAACUAGAAGUGGCCUUCCAGCAGAGAUCUUCUCAAAGUGGCAUAUAGAAGAAGGAUUUCUGUUUUGUACAUCCCAAUGUGGUGGUUUUGUUUUGUGUUGGGUUGUUUUUUGGCAGCAAAUAGUUUUCAGUUUGGUCUAUGGUAACUAACCCCUUUUCUCUGAUUCUUGCCCAUUUCCUAGUUCAGUCUGUUUCAGAAUCAGUCCCAGAAUGGUUGAGGUUGGAGGGACCUCUGGAGAUCAUCCGGCCUUCCUCCAGCAGGCUCAGCCAGAGGAGGCUGCCCAGCAUUGUGCCCAGUUUUUAGCAUCUCCACAGGUGGGACCUCUACAACAUCCCUGGGCAACCUGUUCCAAACAAACUCAAGCCCACAUUUGACUCUUAACACCAAGCACAUGAAAAAUGGUUACAGGCCCAUGGCAGACCCUUUCACAACCACUUUAGAUAAUCCUUUAAUUAUGACAGUGCAAUUUAAAUAUUUAUUUUGUGUACAUUGGGGUUUUUUUUCCCAAGAAAAUUAGGUAUGCCAACAGUAUAUUCUUCCAUCAGGAUCAGACUUCACUGGUUUCCUGACAACAGCUGCCUUUAUUAGAAAUCAACAGCUUUAUUUUUGUACACGUGCACUGGGUAGAUCUUAGGACAUUGUCCUCAAAGCCAGAACCAGCUUCUUAAAACUGGGGCUCAGAAGGAAAUCAUGGAUUAAUUUAUUCUGCCAUAUGUCAGUUGCUAAUCCUGCAAUAUCUGAAUUUGUGUAAUUCUUCUUCCAAGAUUUGGCUGGUAUCAAAAAAAGGGCAUGUUUCAGUUUUAAAGCAUCGGUUUUCAGGUAUUUGCCAAGUCUUGUAGAGAACUGAGCUGUGGCUAACUAACAGCUCUGUAAAUAUUUUAGCGUUUUAUUUAUUGGCAAUAGCACAUACAAGAUGAAAAAUGGACAAAUUUCUUCUUCACAGGAGACCUUUAAAUAUCUUCUUCUGUAUCAUGGAUUAAGCAUGUGUUUUUUAGCAGUACUGCACAUGAAGGGCUGUGGUGCUUGUACCCAGUGCUGGCAGCUGACAGAGUGGGACCUGCUCACCCCAGAAAUGCUCAGGGGUAGUUUGUCCACUCAAGCUUCCUUCUGUUGAUAAGAUCCACUGCCUUGGUUGCUGCAGUGCUAGUGUUGGUGACUGUAGUGAGGAAAUUCUUCACUCAGAAGCUGGUGAGGCCCUGGCACAGGUUGCCCAGAGAAGCUGUGGAUGCCCCAUCCCUGGAGGUGUUCAGGGUCUGGUUGGAUGAGGGUCUGAGCAACCUGGUCUGAUGGAAGGUUCCCUGCCCAUGGUGGGUGGGUUGGAACCAGGUGAUCUUUAAGGUCCUUCCCAACCCAGUCCAGUGUGUGAUUCUGUGGUUCUGUAGGAUUGAGUUGGACUCGAUGACCCUGAUGGGUCCCUUCCAAUCUAGUAUGAAUUAUGAUUAAGCUCAGGAGGAAUCCUGCUGCUGCUGCUUUCCUUAUCUAUCAGGCUAUUACUUCCCAACAUUUAUUUUACACUUAAUAAAACACUUAUGCUUUGGAUGUGGUUAAUGGAGAAACUUGAUUUUGAUCUGCCUGUGUUCAUCCCUGUGCAUCACCAUCUUGCUCCCCCAGCAUUUUUGAGUAAGAAGGAGAAUUGUGAUGAAUGUGGCGAUCAGAAACUUGCUGCUAUGAGAAGAUGGGGCUGGCCUUGCCUCUGAAGUCUGCUACUAAUGUUUGCUUCUUUUCCUGCUGGAAUGUACUGGAAAAUCUGAGCACAAUUCUGAUGUGGUGCUAACUUUAGGAAGCACAUGAAUCCGGUGCUAACUUUAGGACUGAUCUGGUGCUAACUUUAGGAGACACGCUGGUCUGGCUGAUUUUAACUGACUUGAGGAGACAUCUCCUUGCAUGGCUCUUGUCUGGCUACAGGUAUGUUCAUAUUGCCUACACUGAGGAGGCUCCCUGCAAGGCUUCUUGGGUCCUCUU